UAUAAAAUUUUGCUCGCCGUAGUUUCAAUCAUUCACGAUUUGAUCAUAAAAAAUUUCUGGACUAAAAAGAGAGAAGCGAUAUAGAGUAUAGAGCUUAUAGUGCCUGAGGGAUUCACGCGAGCCAAUUGUGCUCGCCUGUCCUAAAAUAAGAACUCGGCCACUCCGGGAUGAACUCGAGAUAGAACCAGGAAGAUGAGGCCGCGCGCCGUGCGGGGGGGAGGAGAGGAUGCAGUUAGGUCGGCGGAUACAUAGGUAGGACCGUAAAGGAGGCGCAGGUAGGGCCUGGCGUCAACUGCUGGGGUUUGUGGUGGUUGAUAUCGACCCGGGUCGGAGGGUCGUGUAGCAGUCAGGAUCGCAAGGCGCACGCCUGGACGUGGACGGGAGCGGUGGCGCGAGAAGGAAAGCGGCGCAGGGUGGCGAAGUAGACGGAGAUACAUGGACAGAGAGACGCGCGGAGGGUGCUGAGGAGGGUGGAGAAAUAUAUCAACGUAUAUACGUACACACGAUCGUGGAGGCAGGUCGUGCAGAAGAGGUAGUAGGAACCCGCCGGUAGUAGCAACCCGGCUGGCUAGCGCACCCCACACGCGGGUGCCAGGCGCGCCGUAUCCCCGAGAAAGAGAGGCUUAUUACACAGUCCGGCAGUCCGGCUCGUCUUGGCGCGCAUGUGUGCGUGUACGUGUGUGCGUGAGUGGUGCGAGAGUGGCUGCUCGGUCUGAGUAUAUACCUGUAUCGCGUUAUCCUUCGGGUAACAGCUGCGUUAACGAGGCUCGAGGGAAUUCUCGCCGCUGAAUCGCGUUUCGUCUGGUCGUGUUCCGGUGCGCUCAGCCACCCAGACUGAGUCACGAGCGAGACUACGCUCACCCCGUUCGCCCUCGUCUCUCGGCGAGGUGGUGGAACACGCAGCGCGAGAGGAAUAUCGCUCGAGAUUUAGGGUGUAAGGACGGGGUGCGUUAUCCCGGAAACCACGGGGGCUCCAUGUGCAUCCACGAGGAGGAGGAGGAGAAGGUAGCCGUGAUCGGUCGAUCGUCUCCAUAGAGGAGGACGCGGCCGGACGCGAUGAUGCGGUAGAGUGUGGACGAGAGGAGUAAUGUGACGGUGCGUGGCGCGCACUCAGCGGAAGAGGACGAGGACGACGAGGACGACGACGACGACCGUUAAACCGGCGCCAUGUCGCAACAACAGCAGACCCCGACGAACGAGGAUUCCUACCUAAGCUGUGGCAGGCCGUCGAACCUGCUGAAGACGAGCUUCAGCAGCGCCCGCCUCGAGAAGCUCUAUCGCGCCUCGUCGCUGCAACAGCGUCGCGGCGGCCUCACGUGCUUCCUGAUGUCGGCGAUCCUGUACGGCCUCUACACGUUGUUGACGCCGGGAAUGGAGCUGCCGGCACGUUGCGUCAGCGCCGUAUUUGUCGGCCUGAACUCCGCCUUGUUAAUCCAGACCGGCUGCAUCAAGCUGAGCACGGCACGCAACUCGGUCUGGUCGGUGGUGCCGUGCAUAGUCGGACAGCUGUGGAUCGUGCACCUGCCCGCUCAGCUGUUCCUCAAGUCCACCAAGGUCACGCCGGGGGACAGCCUAGCUUGGAUGCUGCUGCUGCUCUACCUCCUGUUCGCCACCCUGCCGCUCAAGCUGUGCCGCUGCACGUUCCUCGCCCUCGGCAGCGUGCUCGUGUACUUCAUCGCCGUCAUCGGUCUCUCCAGCACGACGUUGGAGGAGCUUAAAACACAGCCUGUCGAUAUUCUGAUCCUGACGCUGACGCUCUUCGUCGGCGCCUCUAUUUUGGGCGCUUGCGGCUAUUGCCUGGCGGAGUUUCAGCAGCGCCGCGCCUUCCUGGAGACCAGGCAGAGCUUGGAGGUCCAGCUGAUGAUCGAGGAGCAGAGCGCGGAGCAGGAGCGGCUGCUGCUCAGCGUCCUGCCGGAGCACGUCGCGGUCAAGAUGCGGCAGGACCUCGGCGCGUCUCUCGACACGCAGUUCAAGAAGAUCUACAUGUCCAGGCACGAGAACGUGUCGAUACUUUACGCCGACAUAGUCGGCUUCACCGCGAUCUCGUCUACCUACAGCGCCGGCGAGCUGGUCAAGAUACUCAACGAGCUCUUCGCGCGAUUCGAUCAGCUCAGCGAGCGAUACGAGCAAAUGCGCAUCAAGAUCUUAGGGGACUGUUAUUACUGUAUAAGUGGUGCACCCGUCGAAAGGCCAGACCACGCGGUCCUCAGCGUGCACAUGGGACUGUCCAUGGUGGAGGCGAUUAAAUACGUUCAACAAAAGACGAACAGCCCGGUUGACAUGAGGGUGGGCAUUCACACAGGUGCGGUACUCGCCGGGGUCCUCGGACAGAGGCAAUGGCAGUACGACGUCUACAGCAAGGACGUCGAGCUGGCGAACAAGAUGGAGAGCAGCGGAAGGGCGGGGAGAGUACACAUCUCGAAUGCGACGCUGAGCUUCCUAAAUGGGGAAUUCGAGGUCGAGCCGGCGCACGGGGAGGAUCGGGAAGAGGCACUCCAAAAAGCUGGCCUCGUUACUUACUUUAUCGUGAAAGCCUUGAAGCCGUUUAAGCCAGCGAUAACGAAAAGCCUUGCGUCGCUGGCGGACGCGGAAAACACAACCGCGCAAAGAAUAAUGGAGAACGCGGAAGACAAGAUGGACAAUAUUCGAGAAGAUUCCGAGGAAUUUCAGCAACGUCUGAGAAAGAAGCUUGACAGCAGAGGUGGUGGUACCGACCUGAAAGGUCAUGCCUCCUGGUUGACCCUACGGUUCAAGGAUCCGAACGUGGAGACGGCGUUUCACAGCGUCGAAGAGGCCUUCUCGCCCCUGUCGCUCCUCGGCGGGCCCCUAGUCACCAUGUGCGCGGCUCCAGUCUGGAGGCUGCAGCCCUGGGGACCGUUCACGUGGGGUGGCGCGGGAGUGGUCACUCUCUUCGGUGUCGUGCUGGCUGGAGCUACCUGCUUGGGCAGCGCGGUCAGGGCGAUGUGGUUCAGAAGCACCCUCGCAGUCCUGAUGACGUUCUCCCUCAUAAUCUUCCUGCUGUUAGACAUGACUAACUGCGUGAUCGUCGACGAUAUCGAGCCGCCGAGGAACGCCUCGCUAAAUAACUGGACCUGGCGAUGUCCGUACCCUUCUUAUUAUUCAUACAUCGGCGUCCUCGGGCUGGUCGCUAUCUCGAUGCCGACAUACCUGUGUUACCUGACCAAGGCGUGCCUGAUGUAUUUCCUCGUCGUCGCGCAGUCCUGCAUCAAUGUCCUGUUCAUCUCAUCGAGCCUCGACAGGGAGGACGUGGCAUCGAACCAAGGAGCCGUGCCCUUUAAGCUGAAAUAUUCGCUGGCGGCCACCUUGUUCACCAUCGCGACCGCACUAGUCAUCGUAGCGAGAUACGCUGAAAAGGCGCGAAGAAUGCUGUACCUGCGAGGGCGAGAGGUGAUCGCGCAGAGGGAACGGGCAGCGGAUAUGAAGCGACGAAACGGUGCUCUAAUAUACAACAUCCUGCCGCCUCACGUGGCCGCUUAUUUCCUGUCGCGCGCGAGGCACCACGACGAUCUUUACAGUCAGAGCUACGCCGAGGUGGGCGUGCUGUUCGCCAGUAUGCCGAACUUCGCGGACUUCUACAGCGAGGAGAGCAUCAAUAAUCAAGGCCUCGAGUGCCUCAGGUUCCUGAACGAAGUCAUCUCCGACUUCGACGCCAUCCUCGAUCAGAAGAAAUUCAAGAGCAUCAUCAAGAUCAAGACGAUAGGAUCGACCUAUAUGGCCGCUUCGGGAAUAUCCGAGGUGCAAACGGUGCAGUCGGAGGACGGUCCCCGGUGGGGCCAUCUCGUCACUCUCGUGGAGUUCGCGCUGGAGCUUAAGAAAGCCCUGUCAAGCAUCAACGAGCAGAGCUUUAAUCACUUUGUUUUGAAAAUGGGCAUCAAUCAUGGACCGGUGACUGCCGGUGUCAUCGGCGCGCGGAAGCCUCACUACGACAUUUGGGGCAACACCGUCAACGUCGCGUCGAGGAUGGAGAGCACGGGGAAAGUCGGCUGCAUUCAGGUCACGGACGAGACGCGGAAGAUACUGGAGCCGUUCGGUUUCGGCUUCGAGCAACGAGGUCUCGUCUUUGUUAAGGGAAAGGGGCAGCUCUUAACGCACUAUCUCGUCUCCAAGGACGGCGUCUUUCUCGAUCUCGACAGCGAUCUGCCCGUCGAACCUACCCACCCGAUAAUCUAUCAGUAAUGUACUCGAAGGCUCUAAACUCGAACGAGAAACAAACUCUUUCACCGGGGGUAUCAAGCCGGUUGUUCAGAAAGAACCCGUUACGAUUUUCCUCGGCAUCAGGUAUCGGGCUGGAUGUUCUCCAACGUCCGACCUGAUAGUUUCCGGGAGCUGGUGAAUCCACGAAUCGUAAAUUAGACGACGUCUCUCUGUUCACCGAACGAAUUUUUCUUCAAGGACGUUCGACAAGCUAAGUGUGUAUUGUCGUAGAGAACUCUCUAAAUGUUAGCAUCCUCGUGUCCUCAAAAAGAGAAAAUGGCACGCGGAAAGAAGGACGAGGAGGAUUGGAAAAGGGCUCGAGAUCGACGCCCGGAGAUCGUUCGCGACUGUCCGCGAGUGUCAUCGUACGUCGCCAUAUCAUCAUUCAUCAUCAUUGAUAAACGCGAAGGGAGAAAAGUUUGCACACAGCUGCCGUCGAUUAUUCAUUGUCACACGUUCGCACGCGCACACGCACGCACGCACGCACGCACGCACGCAUGCAUGCACACACGGGAUCACGCGUGCGCGCGUGUCUUACGAACGGCGGGGGUGCGUUGAACUCGUACAGGGUAAUAUUCGAAACAAAACAAGUAAUAGGUUUAGAGAAACGCAGCGGGUUUGAAAAGCGCGAAUGAAACGAUAUUUUGAUGUCGCCGUGUAAAUAGCAAUAGAUCCGUAGGGGUGAACACAGGUGUAAUAUCGUUAACAGAGAUAUGUAAUAUAGUGAGCAGAUGGAACGCCGUCUCGAGGAUCUGGAUAACGUAGAGGUAAUUUACUUCGUGUGUGGUAAAUCUCAUAUUUUAGAGCUAAACUUCUUUCUCCAAGUCGCACUGAUCGGACACGGUUGCUGACGCGGAAGCUGCACGAGAAACAAUUCGCGAAUCCUGUCGUUAUUCAUAGGCCGGUAUUCAUAGUCAGAUCUUAUAUUUAAGAUCGUCUUAAGUCUGGUCAAAGGUAGUCUUAAGACUCCAUCCAACCAAUGAAAUGACCGUAUUAGCAUCUUAAGACAUUACUUAAGACAAUAUAGAAAUAAGAUCCGACUAUGAAUACCGGCCCCAGACAGCACAAUGUCUAAAAUCGGGAGACAUGUCUAAAAUCGGACAUAGACGUCUUACGUCCAGAUUUUGGGACAUUGUGCUGUCUGGGUGGUAUCGGUAUUCCAUAUUAGUGUCCUUCUCGAUAAUUGCAAUAACCCAAAGAAUUCUCAUCUACAGCUCUUCGUCAGUUUCCGUGUCUGAUCUACACACAACUCGAAUUCGAUCUGCGACAUUUCGAUCGCCGACAUACGAGGAUAUAAAGAGAAUCUUGAGAGAGGUGUUGGCAGAAAAGCGCGAAGUUGUCCGUUCUCACGUCACCACUUUCGGUUAUCAAUGACGUUUCUCGUAACAUGGCAUAAUUUUAUUACCGUCUAUUCGAUUGCAAAUCAACGAUUUAGCGCGGGCGACGUCUUUUUAGGAGUCUUAGAGAACUGUAUUCUCCCGGAUACACGUCACCUGUAGAGAGCGCACACGAGAUAUACGUAUAUCGGAGACAGAAUAUAUAUAUUAUAUAUAACGGCGGUACUCGACAAAAUGAAAAUAUAAGAACAUUAGGGAACUAUAAAUGUGCGCAAAUAUAAAAAAAAAAACGCAACAAGGAAAACGAACAUCGCCGAUUACGGUAGUAAUUUAUUUUUCUACAGUCGCCGAGAGUUUAUCACAGACCAAGAUGACUCGGAUACGUGCGUAACGCACACGAGGAACCUUAAAUGAAAUUUUCUACUGACUCUUUCGUUACGUACGACGGCAUAAAUCUCAGCACAAAAAGAAAAGGAACGUCUCCCCUCGCACGUGUUCAAGGGUAACUUUGUACUCACUCGCUCUUGACGAGAUUCACGUGACAAUUCGAGUAAAAGUUGCAACGCAAUUCGCGACGGCGUUGAAUGUAACGAGAGGGUUGCGAGAGAAAGAGCAUCGAGCGAGAAUGAAAGAGUGGGUAUGAGAGAUUGAAUGGGAGUGCAAAAAAAAACAAGUAGGUAUCGGCCUAAACGCGAGAGAAGCUAACAAUAAGCAAAAAGGUCAAAAAUGGAUCUCCUCAUUCGGAGAGAGAAAAAGAGAGAGAGAGAGAGAGAGAAAGAGAGAGAGAGAGAGAGAGAGAGAGAGAGAGAGAGAGAGAGAAGCGAUAUACUUCCACGAUCGUUCCACGAAUCGCGUACUUCCAUUUCCGGCCGACUUCUCGCCCGCACAAUCAUGCAUGUGCGCAGUAAAAUACGCGAAAUUCGACGUGUACACGCGCAGACGCAUCGAUCGGCACGUUUAAAUGUACACACGCGUACGUAGAUCGGAGAGUUAUCUUGUAAGAUAGCAAUAAAUGGACUCUCCUUCGCGUAUACAUAUACGCUAUAUUUUCAUGAGUCGAUAUAGGAAAUAUGGAUGGAUUGACGUGUGACGUAAACUAUCUAUGAAAAGUUGAUUAAUUAAGAGAAAUUAAUAGAAACUCAUUUUGUAAAAUUUUGAAUCCUUAAUCCUCGAGAUUGGGGGAUUUUGUAAAAAAAAAAAAUAUCUUUUACCCCCCCUCCUUCGUUUUCUUCGUUAGAAGAGAUAUAACGGGCUGUCGUUGCAUGGAGAAUAAAAGUAAUAGAAGAGUAUCCAAAACAUUUUUAAUCUCCGACAUCGAAGAUCCUAGAAGAGAUUCUAUCUCGCAGAUUGAAUUUCUAUUAAUUCCUUUUGAUCCAUUGAUUUUUUUUUCCGCGGCUGAUGUAGGACGCGCAAAAUGAUCCGCGUGUAAUCGUGUACUAGUCAUGUAAGGAGAAUAUAUCACUGUUGAUAUGUUAGCACUUUAAAUGUGACGAAGCAAAUUUGGAGCAAGCGAGAAAAAGAAACUUGUAAAACUUUCGACUUUCUAGCGCGGCAGGCGCAGCUGCACGCGAAAAAUCCGAGGGUAUAAAAUCCGACAUGUAUAAAAACUACGCGAGAAACCCCACUCCUGCGUCGGCGAGAUAAUAAAUGGCGUCUUUGCCUACGAGAAAAUAUGGUAUUAUUUUUUUUUCCAAACUGAUGCUUGUGAUGCACUUUUGAGAUUUAUUCAUCGCGAGAGAUCCAAGAGAUCAUUAUUGUUAAUUUUUUUGAACUGUAUUUGUCCGAGAUUCUCUUGGUUGCUGAUGCUUAAGACAGGUUUCGAGAUGCCUGGAUAUACAGGUUAUCUUAGAGAAGAGAACUAAAGAAAACGACUAACAAAAUCCUGUAAUGGAAUUCUAUGAAGAUAGCAUAAAAAUAUAAGACGAGCUUUAAACAUCCAAGGAUUGGCCUAAUAAGCGCCGGUUUCAAAAGUCGCAAGCAAUUUAUCACGAAUUCAAGAAAGAAAGUAACAAUCACGAAUAUUAUUUCACGAAUAUUAUAUAUAUAUGUAUGCAUAUAGGAAUAAGUUUGAAAACUUCUAUCGGUAAAUUUGGAACAAAACUUUGUCUCAUCCUCUUCAGUUUAAUUUUCUCGCAGUUGGUUCGCAAAAUCAAGUCUAUCUCUUAAGUGUCUAGGAUUAUACCAAUCAGAGACGACAGGAGUAGCAAAUGUUAGUAUUAAAAACGACGUUAAAUAUCUUUGUAAAUAAAUUUCGAACUAGAACUCUGUGAGUUUUGUGAAAAAGAAGUAAAGUGAAGCUAAUGAAAGA